AUGCGACGCCAUAGGAAAGGUGUUCACCCUCCCAAUCGAGAACAUCAUCGACAACAACCCCAUCACCGCCGAGCCGCACGAUGUGCGGCAGGUCUGGGUGGCCAAUCGGAUUAUAGGGACAGAACACUUCCGGUUCAAGGGGCAUCAUGGAAAAAAAAUAGAUACCUCUCCUGCGACAAAAUCGGUCUCUUCUCCGCCACCUCCGAAGCCAUCACCCCCCUCGAGUCUUUUUCCGUCAUCCCCACCGCCGACACCCCCGGCACUUUCCAGAUCCAAACGCUAAGGGAUACCUUCCUUUCUGUGAGAGCGUCGCGGUCCUCAAAAGCGAAUGCUUCCCCUGAGGUCAGGGGGGAUGAGACGGAGAUUACGUUUGAUACUACGUUGAGGAUCAGGAUGCAGGCGAGGUAUAAACCCAAGUUAAAGGCUUCAAAAGAGGAGAAGGCAAGGGAGAAGAUUAGCCGGGCCGAGUUGGAGGCUGCGGUGGGGAGGAGGUUGGAUGAGGAUGAGGUGAAACGACUGAAGAGGGCGAGGAGGGAGGGGGACUACCAUGAGGCUGUGUUGGAUUUGAAGGUUAAGGGGAAGCAUGAUAAGUAUGGGUAG